GCUUAGACUUUAGAAUGAAAACAACGACUAAAGUAAAUGAAAAAGAGAAAUAAAUUGUAUUUUUAUUUUUUUUUUCUUUAAUCAACAACAUAGAAUAGACAAAUUAAAAGGACUUCGUCGUCUAAACACGUGUCUUUGUCGGCUACUUCAAUCGACAGCAUUUCAAAAGGACCAGUUAUGUGAACAAACCUGCCUCCUCAACCCCAAACACUCUCACCUUUUUUUUUGUCUUUUUUGUCUCAUUCCAUCUUCAUCUCUACCCAUCCCCUCCCUUAAUUCCCUUAUGUCAUUCCUUUGUAUUUAUAUAUAGAUUUCACUUCAAACUCCAUAUCCCAUUCAUCUCGACUUAAUUGGCGGCUUUCUUCUUCUUAUUUUAUUUGUUUAUUUAUUUAUUUUUUUUUUUUAAGAAAAACCAAAUGGGGAGAUCUUCAGCUACUUCCUCUUCCUCUUCAUCUUCCAACAUUGCUGAAACCACCAACUAUCAACCUCCUUUUUUCCCUUAUGACUAUCAAUAUCAGUAUCAGUAUCACCAACCUCAGUUUACUCACACAAGAGAUCUCAGCACGGACCUUAAGCUUGGUCUUAGUCUUUCUCCAUCUCAAACUACUCCAAGGGAUGAUCAAUCAUCAGAAUGGCCUUCCACCAGCGUAAAUGGUCAUCAACAACCAGAACUAGAAGCUCAUCCGGUAAUGGAAGAAGAAGAAGAAGAUGAAGAAGGAAGCGAUGAGUACUGCGUUAAUGGAAAUAAUAAUGGGAAUGGAAGCUUGUAUGUUAAGGUUUACAUGGAAGGACACCCCAUUGGCCGAAAGCUCAAUGUGCUGGCUCACCAUGAUUACCAUGACUUGAUUUCCACUCUUGAUCAUAUGUUCAACACCAACAUUCUCUGGGGUGCCGAGGUGGAUCAUGAAGAGAAUAAUUACGAGGAUUUUCAUGUGCUGACUUAUGAAGAUGAGGAAGGAGAUUGGCUCAUGGUUGGUGAUGUUCCUUGGGAGAUGUUCUUGACUGCAGUUAAAAGAUUGAAGAUCACAAGGGCAUGCCCCUGCUGACACUGACAACUACGAUAUAUAUAUGUCAUAACACUAAGAUGAUGAUCUCAAUUUUAAAUGUUUUUUGUGCUGUAGUAGUACUGGUGGACUUCUCAACUGCUUAUCAUAAAUUGAGACUACAAGACAAAUUUAAUCAUCAUGUGAUGUGUAAUUAAAUCCAUAUGCAGAGUAAACAACCGCAGUUAUAGGCCGACAUAGCUAGCUAGCUAGAGCUUAAUUUCUCUACUGUAAUUAAAGACCAACUUUUUCCAAUCAUCAUUUUUUGUUUUGUUUUGUUUUUGUUUCUAA